AUGACUGCCUCUGUUUCUGAUUUGUCCACCUCCCUUGCUGGGCUAUCGCUAAGCACAUCGAGCACCCAUGCACAACCCUCCAACGAGGACAUUCUCGAUUACGAACCCCAAACCACUCUGGAUCUGCCUGAGGAAGAUAAUCUGAUGAUCAACGUGUUGAAUCUUAUUGAUGAAUAUGAAAAACAGGCCGAGUCAGUUUCAGGCUAUCUAUCCAAUGGGUUUCUUCAAUUGAGUCGAGCUAAUUAUGCAUCCACCACGGGCAUACGAUUUGGAAGAGAUUACUAUGACGAGAGAGAGUUUGACGCCCAGAUACGAGUUCAAAUCACCGAAGAUGGCUCGAUCACAACUGUAGAGCCUGUUUCUGAAAAGGCUUCGCAAACAGAAAAGCUAGAAUCAACUCACAGACAACCUGAAUCUACAUCACUCAAAAGAAGACAAAAAAAAACAGAAAAUCCCGAGGACACUGCCAGAACAUCUGCUAUCGAAACGAACUCCAAGACUGUGGAGUCGGAUUCUCCGACCCCAGAAACAACCGAAAUUGACAGCACAGUACCCGCAAAACGCACGAAUCCGGUGAACAUGUUUGGAGCUUUAGUUCCCUACCAGCUGAGACAGAGCCAGACCAGUUUUCAGCAGGCAGUUGCCGGUCUGGUGCGACUGGCCGAUUCGAAGAGACAAUUGUUGGAGAUGCUCAGCAGAGUUGAUGUUGAAGACAAUUUAUAG